UCACGAUUUGAUAUACUCAACGAGAUCGAUAGCUAGGGUAUUUACCGACUUGAGUGAACAAAAGAAAGCUAUCAUUGGCGAAAUGAGAUUUGGUACAUUGAGACAUAUCCCAGAAUUGAAUGUGUCGCACAAGCUCUCGAGGGAACUAAUUCUUUGCUUUGAUCUCUAUCAUGCAUUCUUGGACACGCACUAUGGGAAAAUCUACAUAACCCCUACCAAGAUAGGACAUGCGCUGGGCCUAAAUUCAGGCGAGAAGAAGAAAAAAUGGAGAAGACACUACCAAAGAAAAGAAAACAACCACAAAGAGUGGCGAAAAAACAAAGCAAAGAAAGGAAGAUUGUUCAGAUGGAUUCGGAAACUGAAACUGAAUCCGAAGAUGAGUAAGAUUCAGAAAUGAUUAUUUUAUUGUUAUAAGUAUAUAUUCUAUUUUUAUUGAUUGAGUCUUUUUGACUGCUUGU